CCCUGGAAAGGAAUUUCAGUGUGAGUGCAAUUUAUAGACCUCUCACAUCUCUAAUUCAUCCUGGAAUGCAAGAGAACCAGAGUUGCUUCAUCUGGGGAAUUGCCUUAUUGUUCCUGUAAGCUGUAACAUUUCACAGAAUGCAGCAGUUUGCAGCUGUGCCAUGCAUCUCUUUGCAGUCAGGGUGAUGUUGCUCAUUAGGGGCUGCCUUUCCGUGGAGCCUGGUGGAUGCAUUGACAGGUUUGGGUGGAACACUGCCCAUACCAUAAAGAGAGAGUGUGAGGAGGAGCAGCAAAAUCCACCCCUUGCUUAAAAAAAAAGAAAAAAAAAAAAAAAAAAAGAAAAAAAAAAAAAAGGGGGAGGGGGGCGGGGAAUCCAUCACUUGCUGCAUUCAGCACUUGUGAGCCUUUCUAGGAAAUGUUGGCAAGGCCUCAGAUGUGCUUGAGUUGCCAUGCAGUAAAGGCUGCUCUUUUCCCAACAGUUGUGAGAACAAUCCUUGCCUGUGCUUUGGGGCAUAGCCCUGAAAAGAAUGUGUCCCUUAAAAGAAUGGCAUUUGUAGGACAUUAAACCAUCUGAAUGUGGUGGACAUCAGAGGAUGAAAACCUGGGCUGAUUCAGUACAAGCUGGGGAAGCCUCGACAUUGUGCAGCCCUGAGCCUGGCUCAAGGGCUCACCUGGUCCUCUUCACUGUGUAGGUGGGCUAAUGUAAAUCUAAUCCAUCGUGCUUUUGCUGCAAAGUCUUUUGAAUUUACACAAGGCCAUUUGCACUGGCCAUUUACAUCCUCUGCUGCGUUCGGUACCGGUUGACUGGUACACAAGCCCCAUUUAAACGUGGAUCAGGUUGUUGUUUUAAAACAUGGUAUCUGGCCAUGUGUACGAGACCAGUGUCAGGAGUGUUGCCCAUCACUGAACAGGAGGACACCUUCAAGGCAGGGGCUCCUGGCAAAGAGGCACUGACCUAACUUCCAGGAUGGCAGCACCAGAUUUUUCACCCAACGGUGGUUUGGGCAAAAACCUCGGACGUAGAAAGUUCCCGAACCAGGUGGCGGGCGUGUCCCAAUGGGCGGCUCUGGGGCAGUGACGGCAGUGAGCCCGGCAGAUUACACGCAAGAGCGUCCUUCGCCCGGUUUACAGCGUUUAGAGGGGACCUUGAUCCCGGACACGGCAGCAGCGGGACGGAUACUGAGCUGCCCCUGCACAGCCCGAGCCUCCCGCUGCGCUCUGCCCUGCGCCGAGCCAGCCCCGCUACAGGGGCACGGCCUGACCGCACCCUCCGGAGAUGGGACAGGAAAACAGCCACCCCCAGCCUGGGGACCUGAUCGAGAUCGACCGGGAAUUUUACCAGCACUGGGCCCUCUACAUGGGGGAUGGAUAUGUCAUCAACGUGACACCUGUCGAUGAAGGAGCCCCAUCCCUGUCGGUCAGCAUGAUAUCAAUAUUCACCAGAAAGGCCAAGGUGAAGAAGCAGCUCCUAAAAGAGGUGGUGGGAAAUAACAAAUGGCGUGUCAACAACAAGUAUGAUCGCUCCCGCACUCCUCGCCCUGUGGGGGAGAUCCUCCGGCGUGCUGAGCGAUGGAUUGACAGGGAGUUGCCCUAUGAUGUUUUUGGCAGCAACUGUGAGCACUUUGUGACCGACCUCCGCUACGGAGAGGGAGUCUCUGACCAGGUUACAAAAGCAGUUAUUUGUACUACAGCAGCUGUAGGAAGUAUCUUUCUUGCUGGUCUUGCCACUGCUGUUGUGAAGGGCUUUUCUGAAGAAUCAUCCAAGAGAGAGAACAAGUACUACUGAUGGGCUGUGUGCAGGAGCUCAGACCAAGGCAGGGGGAGACCCUGCAACAACAGUCCCUGGUCAGCUUUUACUACACCUACCAUCAAGACUGAUUAGCAACUGUGCCACCCUUGCUGUAAACUUUAAGUAAGCCUUAACAAAAUGUUAGAAACCCAAAUUUUAAUUGCCCCCACAUCCUCUUUUAUCUGAGUAUAACUUUGAGUGCAAGUUCAACUGUUCAGCCUGCUUUUCCCUACUAUCUCAUUAAGAAAUAAAAAAUCAAGAUGGGCACCGUUUAAGGUGACCUCCAGCAGCACUAGCCUGGUUGCCAUAUCUGUUUUUAAUUUCAUUGCCUGUGAUGAUUUUGGUGGUAAUCUGGCCGCAUUUGCACUGCAGGCUUUCCAUCCAUUUUCAUCAGUUGGUUCCUGUACACUUUUUCUGUAUAUCCAUGAUUUUAACCUCAGCUUUCCAAACAAGUCAAAACAAGUACUUCUGAGGAUUUUUCAGCUCAGGCUCUGUGUAGGUGGGAAAGCUCUGGCUGCAACAUCUGCAAAGGAGUAGGCAGAGCAUGUGCAGUGUCUUGGAGCCUGUACUUGUGCUGCCUAAACUGAGAAACUCGUGAGAGGUUGGAGGAAAAAGGCAGGUCUUAUAAGCUAUAACUCCUUUGGAGUUUUACAGGAGUGCUGUGCUUGUGACAUGAUGGCGUUUUGCUUGGGUUUUCCCUGCCUAAAAAGUCUCUCCCAAUGUACUGAACCAUGCUACUUCCUUGUUACAAAGCUGAUGUGUGGAUUAACUUGGAAGAAAACUGUGCAGGGAAAGUGUGCUUUAUUGUCCUUUAUCCGGACUGUGUGCCUGAAGUGUUUGGAACCAGGUUACCUGCAUCCCACCUGUGAGACACAGAAUCCUGAGCAGCUUUUCUUACAGGCAACUGCCUGGAGGGCAGGGAGAGGUGAGAGCAGAAGAGCUGUCUGGGAGAGGCUGGCUGGUUUUGUCUGCUCUUGACAGACUGCCCAGGUUUAACCCCAGCCAGCAAGAAUGCAGCAGGCAGCCACUCACUUCCUCCGCUGCCAGCCCCAUCAGGGAGGGAACGGGAAGAGUUGCAGUGAAAAACUUGUGGCUUGACGACAAGUUGAUUAAGUAUGUAACCAAAAGCUCUGCAUUAGAGGAAAGCAAAAAAGUGAAUUAAUUCACAGCAUUUUUAAAUGGCUGUUUUACAAUGUUUGCAAUAUCCAAGCCAAGAUUUACAGUUCUAUUUUGUACUGCCCUUGGUUAUUAUAUCUGAGUAAAGCUCCUAAGUCUAAUACAGGAAAAUAAAUCA